UGGAACGUCGUUGUUGUAUUGCACUCUGACUCAGACUCUUCUUGUCUCCUUUCCAAUUUUCCAUUCUCCUCCUACUCUAACGAUCACAAUUUCACAAACCUCGAACUCCUUUCACUCUGAGAAAUUCCCCAUAUACCCUUGAGAUGGCGGAGAAGUACAACAUGAAGAACCCCGCCGUCAAGCGCAUUCUCCAAGAGGUCAAGGAGAUGCAGUCCAAUCCUUCCGAUGAUUUCACGAGUCUCCCUCUCGAGGAAAAUAUAUUUGAAUGGCAAUUUGCAAUUAGAGGACCUCGUGAUACUGAAUUUGAGGGUGCUGUCUAUCAUGGACGGAUCCAAUUGCCUUCAGAGUAUCCAUUCAAACCACCUUCAUUUAUGUUAUUGACGCCUAAUGGACGUUUCGAGACCCAAACAAAGAUUUGCUUGAGCAUAUCAAAUCAUCACCCUGAGCAUUGGCAACCAUCAUGGAGUGUAAGGACCGCUUUAGUUGCUCUGAUUGCAUUCAUGCCUACCAACCCUAAUGGUGCUUUGGGGUCGUUGGACUACAAGAAGGAAGAAAGGCGUACCUUGGCCAUCAAAUCUCGUGAAGCGCCUCCGAAAUUUGGGACUCCUGAACGUCAAAAACUGAUUGAUGAGAUACACGAGUAUAUGCUAAGCAAGGCACCCCCUGUUCCUCAACAUAGCUCCAUACAACUACUCGAAGAAGAGCAUUCCAGAGACGAGGAGGCUGAGUCCCAGGCAAAUUCCCAUAAUCCUGAGGCUUUACCUGCUGAAGAGGGGAUUCCAGAUCAAGCAGGAGAUAGAAUUGUUGAAGAGGAGGUAGUUGUUGAUGAUAAUCCUCAAGGAGUUGAAGCUUCAACGGAGAUCCAAUCCAAUGUUUCAAGGAACCAGUCGCCCCAUAAUUCUGGUUUAAGGGUUCAAAAUCCGAAGCCGGAGACUAGGAUACAGCAAAAGCUUGAUGAUCAUAUUUUCACAUUGAUAGCCAUUGGACUUGCCAUUGCAAUUGUGGCCCUUUUGCUGAAGAAGUUCGUUAAAUCUUCCGAUCAAGGACCAGUUUUCAUGGAUGGGUCUUAGAUACGUUAUUACUCACACUGGCUUUAGAGAUUAUAAUCUUUAGGCAUUAGCCUCGUGCUGUGAAGCAGUGAAGGAUUAUGAUCUUUUCAUGCCCUUUUUACGUGAUAAUGUUCUGUGAAGAAAAAGAUAAACAAUUCAAAUAAGUGGAAUUCUUGUAAAUUUGCUCCGAUGAAAAAAUUGAUAAUACUACUUCCUUUAUCUUGACCAUCCAAUAAAUGAAUGAUAGCCUAAUGUAGA